GGCUAAAAUCCAGUGUAUUGCUAUCGCAAAAACGAAAACAAUUCUCUUCCACCAUCAAAAACAUAUUUGCCGACAUCAUUGUGUACUGAGUGGCAGCGGAGCAGAAUUUUGCAAUUCACAGCGCUGUUUAGAAAUAUGGAUGGGUCUGAUGUAUUGAAAGAGUACUUGGAUUUGUUUACUGCUGAUUGCAGGCAACUCAAAUUGUUGGUAGCUCCCAACGCUGUAAUUGAUUGGUUUGGGCGCACGGUGCGUGGACCAGCCAAGAUCCAUGACUAUUUCAGAUUCGAAGUUGCUACGCAAUAUGAUCAUAUGGAUUUCGAUAAAGCCGAAUCCUGUGCACCAAUUGAACAGCGACCUUCGCACUGGAAAACCAAAUUGCUGCAUACCGGUGAUACGGAUUUUGUCUUACCGAUAAACAAGGUUACUGGCUUAACUUCGUUGAAAAGUUAUGCCGACAGUGACAUUGACGAUGAUGAUUUGCAAAUGCAACCAUUGCCUGCAGGCAAUCAAACUCCAGAGCACAAUAGCAGCAGCAUUGCACAUAUUAAUGAACUUACACCACCGUCGAGUACUAUAAAACUUGAAGCUACGGCAACAGAUUCUGAAAGUGAAGUAGAUGAUCCGGAUAGUGCAAGCGCACCUAAGCGAUUAAAGCGUUCACUACCCACUCCGUUCAGCUAUUUACGACGUCUGCCUACAGCCACCACUAAAACUACACACGUGUCUAAAAGGCAGCUAACGGCCUCGCAACUUGACAUGCAAAUGUUGGGUGAUGAUACGUCCAGCGACGAGGAGUUAGAUGCAGAUAUGCGUAAGAAAAUAUUAAGCGAAUACACUUCGCUGCAGUACAUAGAAUCGACUGGGUUUUUGCGUGCCAAACCACAGGUACUGCCUCACACCGACUCGCCACCAACACCGCAUCGCAUGCAUGAUUGGGAUAGGCCAGUACGUAUACGCAUGUCAUAUCGUCGAAGUUUAUCCGAUCAACAAUUGCAAGUCGUUUUGGUCAUAUACGAACAUGUAAAGAGCAGUGGUACGGAUGUGAUUCAAGGUGCAACAGCUAUUAGCAUGCGUCGCCGUAAUCUCAUGGCACAGUUCAAUGAAGCAGCGCUAAGUGAACCGUCGCCAACUACGCAGGAAGUGACUGGCGAUGUUGAAGAAAUUGUUGCUACGGAUGUCACCACUGUAGUACCAUUGACUGAUGUUGGUGAAGACGCGUCCGCUGCUGUAGAUACGGCACAUUUGCGUACUCCGUCGAAAAGUGGGCCAACACCACCAGCUACACCAAAACGCAGGCCACGGGUGCCAUACGCUAUGUCGGGCAUGAAGCGUAUUGCCCCAACGCCCUCGACGUCUACUCCAAAACGCAGUGCAGCACGUACGUUGAGGCUUUAAGGGGAAUAAAGUCGAGCAACGGCGAUGAUAUUUUAUUUGGCAGUUUAGCAAAUUUUUUAUAAAACUAGUUUUGUUUGAUUAAAAAAAAAAAACACAAACAAAAAUCGAAUGAUUCAAGGGUUUAGUAAAUUAAAAAUCGUACAAAUAUAUGUAUGUAUGUGAAAAAAAGAUAUUUUAGGUGCUGCAUUGCCACGGAAUUUUCAUCUCUUGAAUAUUUACUUACCAUAAAAUACUUUUCAGUAGCUUCUUGGCAGAAUGGAAACUAGUAAAAACUAUUUUAUGUAUAACUAUGUUUUUCUGUAUUAGGAAAACUAUAGUGGUUUUCUGACUAUAAAUUCGUCUUCGCUUUGUUGCGCUAAAUACCCGUGAAUCAUUCGCAAUUCAAAAUUUUUCGCAAAAUAUUUCGAAAACCGCGAAACAGUUUUGCGGUUGCAAAAAUAUGUACUUCUAUUCGGAGUGAAGAUUGUGGCAAAAUUUUUCUUCUAAUUAUCGCUUUGCUAAAAUGUAAUUUCCUUACCAAUGUUUUUUUUUGGUUUUAGGUUAUCCAUAGAAAAGCUGCAAUUAAAAACCGUAACUUGAUACUUCUAAACCUUAACUACGUACAUGCAUAUGUACAUAAGUGUGUGCUUGUUUUUUUUUUAUAUACAUAUGUAUGUAUAUACAAUUAAACUUUUCCUAAUCCUCAAAAUUAAUAAAAUUUGUUUAUUAAACAAAGUAUGCUUACGCUAGAACUCCACAUCAAGCACCCUGCGUUUUUAAGCUUUCAGCGCGCUAUUCAGUUAUGCCGCAUUUCCACUAGGCAUUGAAAUGACAAAAAAUGUAUGCCAUAUAAAAAAUUGAAAAAUGGAAAUGAAAUUAAUGAAAA